CAGCAGGCGCCGGGUCAUUGUGGGAAGUGAGGAUCGUCAAGAUGGCGGGCAGCAAGCGGCUCAUUAAGGAACUUAGUGAAAUCCGCAUGUCUGGAAUGAAGAAUUUCCGUAAUAUCCUAGUGGAUGAGGAGAAUGUAUUCUAUUGGCAAGGGCUUAUUGUUCCUGAUAACCCUCCAUACGACAAAGGGGCUUUCAGGAUUGAAAUAAGCUUUCCAUCAGAAUAUCCUUUCAAACCACCUAAAAUUACAUUCAAGACAAAGAUCUAUCAUCCCAACAUUGAUGAAAAAGGACAAGUUUGUCUCCCAGUGAUUAGUGCUGAAAACUGGAAACCAGCAACCAAAACUGACCAAGUUAUCCAGUCACUCAUUGCACUUGUGAAUGACCCACAGCCCGAGCAUCCUCUCAGAGCUGACCUAGCUGAAGAAUACUCUAAGGACCGUAAAAAAUUCUUUAAGAAUGCUGAAGAGUUUACUAAGAAAUAUGGAGAAAAGCGACCAGUGGACUAAGACUUCUGUCGUGCUGCCUUUCUGACACCAGAUUCUGGGCAGUACAUUUCAAACACCAUCCAGCAGGACUCUGAUGAACACGUGCAAGUGUCACCUUUGGUGUUUACUUGUGGCUGUUACUAACUUUCUACAGUUUUCAUAUAAUCAGAAAUGGUUUAGAUAAUGACUGUUCAGAUGGGAUUAAAACUUUAAAUAAGACAGUCUAGUUCUGCUUUCUAGUUUAAAAACACAAAAUCACUGCUUAGUAAACAACUUUUCUCUCUCACAAUUCCACAAGUUCCUUUAACAGAUGGUAUUCUAUUCUUGAGCUUAACAAUAGGUUGAUUUUUUUUAUUUCCUUCAACUCCACAUUUCCCUUUAUUUCUUCUGCUUUUUUUUAAAAUAAAAUUACUUUAUCCAAACCAAUGUCUUAGAAAAGAAUGACAAAGUCCUGAAGGAGAUGGGUGAAUGUUAAAGCAAGUUGUUUACUUUUCUCUUAACUUUGUGCUGUUCUGUGUGAAACUCAGUUGCAAGUGGAUCUGGCCUACAAUGUGUUUAGAAGAUGGGAAGGGGAAAUGCUGAUGUUGUUGGGAAGAAUAAAACAGCUUGUUCCCAUGUAAUUUAGCUUGUGUUACUAAACAGUGAUGUUGACAAAAUAGGAAGCCCAUGAUUUUGCAUGUGAUUAAAUGUUAAAACAGGGAUUAAUUUUUUUUUUAAAGUGUUUUCUUACACCCGUUCCUCAGUUACCUCUGAAUUAACUGACUUGUAGAGGAUCUGUACCUAGCAUAUGUUGUCAGGCCAUGACCCUAAACAUUGGCAUUAUUGCACCACUAUUCACAUUGCCUUGAGCUUCCGUGUUCAUGCAGAUACUAAUGAGUUGCAUGUAAUGCAAGGAAACUCAAAAUGAGAAUUAAUGGUCACAUUUUAAACCAGUAUCGAGUUUGUUUGGAGCUAUUUGUGGCUUGGUGGUCUGUAUUAAUCAUACGAGAAUUCAAAAUUAGCAAUAGGAAUUUAAGGUUAAUGAAGUGACUUCAUAAACAGAUCAAUACACCUGUAUUCUCCUUCUGGCUACUGUUCAGAUCUUUGUGCUGUGACUUGGACAUUUGUUCUAUCUAUGUUUCCCUCUUGAUUUGUUUUGCUAAUUUAACAAGAUUCAGAAACUCUCUGUGCACCUGUGGAAUAGAUCCUGCACAAUCUGCUUCACUAGUUUAGGUAUGGUGUUACCUCGACUUAGCAUUUGUAGAGAUUGUUGAAUUUUUUUUAAAAACUUUGCAUCCAGCUUGGCUCAGUUUUGGGGAAAUUUGAGCCAAAUCACCAUGCUCCUUUCACGCUGAUUUGGCUCCAGAAAAGUGUUUGCAUUUAACUCAUUUAGUAGAGAGGUAAAAGAGUAUUUGACAUCACAGCGUUGUUAUAUGAGUAAGGGUCUGGGGUGUUUAAUUUCAGGGCUUUGUCACAUUUAAGAAGUAUUUUAAUCAUCUGUAAUUUAAGAAAGACGAUGAAAAUGCCUAUUUCUAUCCUGUCUUAGACAACAAUCUGACUACCGAGCGAAACCACUGCUGGUUAGGGAGUGUUGUUCAAAGCAAGUGUUCUCAUGCUCAUUAUCCAUUUUAUUUCCUUAAACAUAUUUCCAUGUUUUAAUCUAAGAAAGAAUAGAAAAUAGACAGGAAUUUGAAAAUUAAGGUAUUUGGAAGAGAAUUUACACUGCUGAAAUGUCAGUUGUUGGAGGUUAGUCAAAGUACAUAAUUUAGGCUAUAUUUUAACCAUUGAAGUGGAUUAUUAGCUCUGAAAUUGUAUCCUAUUUUGACUCGUGUACAUUUUAACACUGUUAACCUGCAGGUACUGUCUGUAAAAUGGGAACAACUACCCUUUAAACUUAAGUACCCCAAAUCAUUUUUUAAGCAGUCAACAUUAAAAUUAGUCUGGAUAAAG